UAUGGCCCACCGUUCACUGGGCCCACAGCCCAUUUCAUACCACUCGUUGCGCAACGUCUCAAACGCCGACGCCGAUGGCGCCCUCCGCCGGGGAGCCCUCGUCCUCGCCGUCCUUUGCCUCCGCCAUCACCACCCCAGACGGGUGGCACCCCCGCACGGCGGAGCGCCGCCUACUGCACCUCCUCCACCACUGCCCCACCGCGCGCCGCCGCCCGCUCGAGCUCCUCGCCAUCGCCGUCCGCCACGCGCUCCCCUCCUCACCGCCGUCCCCGCACCACCACUUCCUCGCGGCCCUCCUCCUCCUCUCCUCCCCGCCGACCCCCGCGCUGCCCCUUCUCCGCCUCGUCCCUCCCGAUCCUCCGCCCCCGCUCUCGCUCCUCAACGCCGCCGUCAAGGCCCUCUCCGCCUCCUCCUCGCCGGGACUCGCCUUCCGUCUCCUCUCCUCCCUCCGCCGCCUCCACGCGCCCGAUCGCCUCUCCUUACUCCCCCUCCUCGGCUCCGUCUCCUCCUUGCCCCUCCUCUCCGCGCUCCAUUCCCUCCUCCUCCGCCUCGGCUUCCUCUCCCACCACGCCAUCUCCCUCGCGCUCCUCAAGCCCUACCCGUUGCCGCAGGUCCGCGUCUUGUUCGACGAAAUGCCGCAGAAAAACAGGUGCACCGUUGCCUACAACACUCUCAUCACGACCUACCUCAAGGCCAAGGAUAUACGCGCCGCGCGCCACCUGUUCGACGAAAUGCAGCGGUACAAGCGCUCCAGGAGGAGUGUGGUUUCUUGGAACCUAAUGAUCGCGGGGUGCGCGCGGUGCGGGCGGGAUGACAUGGCGGUGUGGUGUUUCGAGAGGAUGGUCGGGGAGGGGGAGGUGGCGCCUGAUGAUGGGACCCUGGCGGCUGUGCUACCGGCUUGCGGGAGGACAGGGAGUGUUGGGUUAGGGAGGUGGGCGCAUGAGUAUGCACGAAAGACUGGUUUGCUGGACAGGACGGUUAAUGUUGCUAAUGCUGUGGUGGAUAUGUACUGCAAAUGUGGUGAUGUUGGUAGCGCAAUGGAGGUGUUUAAGGGGAUGCUACAGCGGAGUGUGGUGAGCUGGAACACCAUGAUUGCAGGGUUUUCGUUGAAUGGACAUGGGGUUGAUGGGAUUGAGGUGUUCAAGGAGAUGCGGAAUCAUGGAAUGGAGCCUAACGCAGUGACAUUCUUGGGGGUGCUUGGGUGCUGUGCGCAUUCUGGGGCGGUGGAUGUCGGGCGGGAAAUCUUCCAGAGCAUGCAGUCGGAGCAUGGAGUUGAGCCAGCAAUUGAGCAUUACGGGUGUAUGGUGGAUUUACUUGGAAGGUCUGGCCUUCUUGAGGAGGCACAUGCACUGAUUCAAGGGAUGCCAAUGAAGCCUAAUGCUGCGAUAUGGGGAGCACUUCUAAGCGCAUGCCGUGCCCAUGCUGGGCUCGGCAUUGCUGAGGUGGCUCUGAAAGAGCUUAUCAAUCUUGAACCAUGGAACUCGGGGAACUAUGUGCUGUUGUCCAAUCUUUAUGCGGAAACAGGACGGUGGGAGGAGGCAGGGGAGGUGAGGAGAGUGAUGAGGAGGAUGAGUGUGAAUAAGGCUCCAGGUCAGAGCUUAAUCGAAGAAGACGGGUUUCAGCUGACAAAUGCAUGCUAACAGCCAACUCUGUGGAAAUAAACUUUUAGCUUGGAAGGUUAACUGCAGAGAGGGCCUGUAAAGGAAAAGCUCCAUGUGUCAACCAAUCUUAUCAAGAGAUGCAUACUAGUAUUUGCAGAUUCGUGCCAAGCAUGCAGCUGCAAAUAUAUCCAUGGUGCGUGGCAGUGUGACAGGUGAAGAUGAUGGGGAGAAAAGCUGGUGGGGAGCUGCAAUGAAGUUGAUUAUCCGGUCAAAGACACUCAAAAGUCCACACGCAUGCUGCUGCUCCCAGCAAGACAGCAUGGCGCCUUUCCUUUCACCCUGCCCCUGCUGCACCACCCCCACCCCUGUGUUCACGGUGCCCUGCCUGCCUCGACGGACGGCGACACGGCACCUUGCUUUGGAAAGGAGCGAGACGCAUGGCCGCAUGGGUGCGGUGGCACUGUGGUGAAGGGAAGGAGGAGCCGGCAGCAGCUGCGUGCAAAGUGCGUGCUGGUGACUGUUCAGUUCAGGAUGGAAGUUGCGUUGCACUGCAGCUGUGGUUGUGGAUGUGGACUUUACCAAGCUGUCAACUCCAUCGGAAAGCCGUGCUGAUUUCUUGCCUUCGCAUCACGCGCAUGCAUGCUGCGCUGAGGAACUUGCAGUUGUAGGACAAGCAUCCAAGCUGCAAGGCUCCAGCUUAGGGAAAGAGUUGAUCCAAAAACAACUGCUUUUUAACUGGAAAAACAUUCGAGAUGAGAGUGGAAGGGGAGCUUAGCUGAAAGGGACAGGUUUACCGUGAAGGAACUGAUGAAGCUGAAACAGAAAUUGUACGGUAGCUGAGCACCAGCUACUGGUAAAACCUGCAAGAAUCACUUCGACUUCUUCCAAACUUGUUAAGGGAAGAAGAAUUUAGCGAAGGGAAACUGAAGAGAGGAAUUUUGCAGUAAGCAAAACAAACAUGCUAGACAGUUCCGGAACACCAAAUUGUAGUAAAGCUUCACUGUUUCAGAUUGUGGAAACAGCAAAAGGAUUGGUUAAAGUUGAAA